AUGUGUGUGUGUGUGUGUGUGAAACCUGCGAGAAGAUAAAAGGGCAUGUGAAAGCCUUGUUGUGUAGACACUCCUCGUUGAUCAGACCUCAGUGGACAGACAGACAUCACUAGUGUGAAGAAAAGAAAUCUGCCAAAAUGUGUUGCUCCGGCUUUCUCAAAAUUAUGAUGUUUAUCUUCAAUGGCGGCAUCUUUUUUGCAGGUGCAGCCAUCCUGGGUGUGGGAGUGUGGGUGAAGGUGGACAGUGGUUCUCUGAUGGGUUUACUAGAUAACUUGGAGGGCGCUCCGUCUGGGUUAUCCCAGCUGGUGUACGUCAGCUACCUGCUCAUCGCAGUGGGUGCUGUGCUGCUGGUCAUUGGCUUCCUGGGCUGCUGCGGAGCUGUCAAGGAGAGCAGGUGUAUGCUGCUGACGUUCUUCAGUAUUGUGCUGAUUAUCUUCCUCAUCGAGGUUGCAGGAGCUGUGAUGCUGUUCGUCUUCCAGGAUUUGGCUGAGGAGCUUCUUCAGAGUCUGGAGGAUGACGUUAAAAAAAGCAUUGAAAAGGACUACGGAAGCAGUGAAAGUCUGACCUCUCUCUGGAACGCCACCAUGGAGGAGUUUAAGUGCUGUGGAUUCCAGAACUACACAGAUUUUGACGGCUCCCCUUUUUACAAUGACCAUGGAGGAAAUGCUUAUCCACACACAUGCUGCAAUGCGACCAUCACCGAGGGUAUAUGCAACAAAAACAUAGCACAUCUUUCGAUGAUUGAUGGCUGCUUUAACAAGCUGCUGCAGCUGAUAGAGGACAACGCUGUGAUCAUUGCAGCUGUGGCUCUAGGAAUCGCUGCUCUAGAGAUUGCUGCCAUGGUGGUUUCGAUGGUUCUCUACAAGCAGAUUGGCAACAAGGCGUAGCGUUUCCUGUUUAGGAUGAGAUAACAACAUUGUAACUGGUGGAGACAUUUUACUUUUAAGCAGUUUUCUAUGUAUAAAGUUUUACAGACAGAUCAACAGACAGACUUUUAAUGUUCUAAAUUAUGUUAUUGGCAUGUAGAGCAUUAAAAGAUGGAGAGUUAUGGAGCAAAUGUGUUCUUAGUUUCACAAUUUUAUCUGCGCACACUUAUACUGUGAUUUAUUUACAGUAUGUUUUAAGAAGGGCUGCCAUCAGCUGAUAUUGUAUGUGCUGAUACAUAUAGCUAAUAUGUGAUGAUGCACAGGGCAGAAAGGCUCUGCGGAUUUAUUUUUGUAUUUUUGAUCAUGUUGAAAUAAUAAAUAUCACAAUCUUGA